UACUUAUUCAGUUACUUUGCCCAUUUUUGUUGGGCUUUUUAUUAUUGAGUUGCAAGACUUCUUUAUAUAUUCUAGAUACAAACCCCUUAUUGGAUACCUAGUUUACAAACAAUUUUUCUCAUUCUUUGGGUAGCUUCUCACAUUCUUGGUGCGUUUUGAAGCACAAUGUUUUACAAUUUAUGUCCAAUUUCCUUUUUUGAUGUUGUUGCUUGUGAUUCUGAUGUCACAGUUAAGAAACAAUUGCUGACUAUAGAGUCCAGAAGAUUUAUGCCUACAUUUCCUUCUAAAUGUUUUACUGUUUUAAGUCUUACACUUAGGUGUUUGAUCCAUUUUGAGUUGAUUUUGUAUAUGGUGAGAGGCAGGGAACUCAAUUCAUUCUUUUCUAUGUGCAUCUCUAGUUCCAGUCUUUGUUGAAAAGACUACUCUUCCCUUCCUUAAAAUGCCUUGGUAUCCUUGCUGAAAAUAAUAUGUGGAGCCGGGCGCAGUAGCUCAUGCCUAUAAUCCCAGCACUUUGGGAGGGCGAGGCGGGCGGAUCAUCUGAGGUCGGGAGUUCGAGACCAGCCUGACCAACAUGGUAAAACCCUGUCUCUACUAAAAAUACAAAAUUAGCUGGGCAUGGUGGUGCAUACCUGUAAUUCCAGCUACUCAGGAGGCUGAGGCAGGAAAAUCGCUUGAACCUGGGAGGUGGAGGUUGCAGUGAGCCAAGAUUAUGCCAUUGCACUCCAGCCUGGGCAACCAGAGCAAAACUCCGUCUCAAAAAAAGAAAAAAGAAAAAGAAAAUAUGUGGAGUCAAUUUAAUCCAUUGAUCUAUAUGUGGUAUUUCUGAGGGAUUACUCAGGAGAUUCAGGAGCAACAAAUCCAAGAACUAAUUAAGAGAAGAAAUAAGUGAUCAAUAAGUUCUUCGAUUGUAACUUUAAUAGUUUUUUUUUUCCUUGACUAUUUGUAUUUUUGAAUGGUGAAUUUUUAGUUUUUGUUCCUUUUCCUCUUAGGGUAUAGACAAAUACUUUUUAUGUUUAAAUUAAUUUUACCUAUUUAUUUUUUGAGACAAGGUCUUGCUCUGUUGCUCAGGCUGGAGUGCAGUGACACCAUCUUACCUCACUGAAGCCUGAACUCCCGGGCUCAACUGAUCCUCCUACCUUUGCCUUUGGAAUAGCUGGGCCCACAGGUGUGUGCCACUACACCAGGCUAACUUUCGUUUUUGGUAGAGUUUGGGAGGAGAGGGGUGUCUCGCUAUGUUUCUUAGGCUGGUCUUGAACUUCUGGCCUCAACUGAUCCUCCUGCCUUGGCCUCCGAAAAUGCUGGGAUUAAGGGCGUGAGCCACCGUGCCCAGCCUGUAUUCAUCAAUAUUUUAUUAAGCCAAAGAAACAGGAAAUUCGGACUAUUAAAUAUUUGUCCGUUUUAGCUGUUGUAAAUAUUUCCCCCAAAUUUACUUACCUAAAAAUUUUUCUUAUUCAUUUUUUACCAUUUGGAAAUUUUGGAUGCUUAUAAAUAACUAUCAAGAUUUACAAAGUAUUACAUGAAGGAUCAAAAAAAUUUUUUAAAUUUCUUAUUUUAUCUUUAAGAAGCCUAUUCCAGAACAAAAAUAAUAAAACUAUUUAGCAGUUAUUUCUUCAGAUGAUUUUUGAGUCAAAUUUUUAGUCAAAUAUAUUCGUGUCCAAAGAUGAAGAACAUAAUGUCAUGUAUUGAAGAAUGUGAUGGAACUUCAAACCCUCAUAUAGGACGUGAGUCCAUUUACCUAGCGCUUGACGAGACAAGCUGGGCCUGUCGGGUGGUAUUAAAAGUCCGGGUUCCAUGUGUUACCAAGGAGGCCGGCGCUACCUCAGGGGCCAUGAAGGUUUUGGCGCCCCACCCUGAGGAGCUCACACCCAUCCAGCAGGUGAUCCCUUCCGAGGCUACCUGGAUCAGUUUCUACUCAGACUCGCCUCCUACUGGCCCUGAGAACGCACUAACUCCACCCUAGGCCUUAGGCCACGGGCCCAGUAGUGGCCGAUGUGCGCAUGCGCACUCAUAGGCAAGGCGGCCACUCCCAGAAGUCUCCGGGGCUCCGGCCGUGGGUGGGAGGUGCGGUCCCAGUGGUCGCCGCCGUAUUUCUCGUAGGUUUUUUAGGAUUCUGGACUCCAUUUCUCACCAGUACCUGCGGUCCUGACUGUUCUGGCUUGGACUACAUAUUCCACAGGCAACGGAGAAAACUUGGACCCCUGGCUCCGGUUCCGGGACCUUUUGGUUCCACCUGAAGAAGGCGGCGGAGGUCACUGCGGGAGCCUCUGCAGCCCCAGCCCGCCGUCCGCGUGGUACCCUGCGUGGCGGUGAGAGUGGCGCUGCAGGAGGCGCUCAGAGCGCGGAGGCUCCCAGGCAGGCCGGGCGAGUCUCCCGCCUCCUCUGGCCCUAGGGUGCUGGAGCUGCGGAGGAGGAGCCCGUCUCUAGGAGACAGGCGGGGAGCCUGAGAGACCGCGCAGCGGCGACAGGACCGGCUUGCCUGUGUGACGUGGGUGCAGUUGUGGGUCUGUGAGGGGUCUUGGUUCUUUUGACUUUGCUCUUCUGGUAGAGAAACGCUGAGGACUGAUCAACUCUUGCCAGUCUCAAACCAUGGCCUGUGGAUCAAUAACAUUCAGGGAUGUGGCCAUAGACUUCUCUCAUCAGGAGUGGGAAUAUCUCAACCUGGUUCAGAAGACCUUGUACCAGGAGGUGAUGAUGGAGAACUACGAUAACUUAGUCUUAUUGGCAGGACAUUCCAAAUCUAAGCCAGAUUUAAUCACCUUAUUGGAGCAAGGAAAAGAGCCAUGGAUGAUUGUGAGGGAAGAAACAAGAGGAGAGUGUACAGAUUUGGAUUCAAGAUGUGAAAUAAUCAGCGAUGGGAAAAUGCAGCUUUAUAGGAAACACUCAUCUGUUACUCUCCAUCAGAGAAUUCAUAAUGGACAGAAACCAUAUGAGUGUAAAGAGUGUCAGAAGUCCUUUAGUCAUCUUACAGAACUCAUGGUACAUCAAACAAUUCAUACUAGUGAGGAACCUGAUCAAUGUGAAGAGUUUGGGAAGGCAUUUAGCCAUCUUACAGACCUUAGAAAGCAUCAGAAAAUUCAUGCUCGUGAGAAACCUUAUGAAUGUGAAGAAUGUGGGAAGGUCUUCAGUUAUCCUGCAAACCUUGCUCAACAUGGGAAGGUUCAUGUUGAGAAACCCUAUGAAUGUAAAGAGUGUGGGGAAGCUUUUAGGACUAGCCGUCAACUUACUGUACAUCAUAGAUUUCAUUAUGGUGAGAAACCCUACGAAUGUAAGGAAUGUGGCAAGGCCUUUAGUGUGUAUGGACGACUUAGUCGACAUCAGAGUAUUCACACUGGUGAGAAGCCCUUUGAAUGUAACAAAUGUGGGAAGUCCUUUAGGCUCAAAGCAGGCCUUAAAGUACAUCAGAGUAUUCAUACUGGAGAGAAGCCACAUGAAUGUAAGGAAUGUGGAAAGGCCUUUCGUCAGUUUGCCCACCUUGUGGGUCAUAAAAGAAUUCAUACUGGAGAAAAACCCUAUGAAUGCAAGGAAUGUGGGAAGGGCUUUACAUGUAGGUAUCAACUUACCAUGCAUCAGAGAAUUUAUUCAGGGGAGAAACCUUAUGAAUGUAAAGAAAAUGGGGAGGCUUUUAGUAGUGGCCAUCAACUUACUGCACCUCAUACAUUUGAAAGUGUUGAGAAACCUUAUAAGUGUGAGGAAUGUGGGAAAGCCUUUAGUGUGCAUGGACGACUUACUCGACAUCAGGGUAUUCAUAGUGGUAAGAAACCCUAUGAAUGUAACAAAUGUGGGAAGUCCUUUAGGCUCAAUUCAUCCCUUAAAAUACAUCAAAAUAUUCAUACCGGUGAGAAACCCUACAAAUGUAAGGAAUGUGGGAAGGCCUUCAGUCAGCGUGCACACCUUGCCCAUCAUAACAGAAUUCACACUGGUUACAAACCCUUUGAAUGUAAAGAAUGCGGGAAGUCCUUUCGUUGUGCCUCAUAUCUUGUUAUACAUGAGAGAAUUCAUACGGGAGAGAAACCCUAUGUAUGUCAAGAGUGUGGGAAGGGUUUUAGUUAUCGCCAUAAACUCACUAUACAUCGCAGAGUUCAUACUGGUGAGAAACCUUAUGAAUGUAAGGAAUGUGGGAAGGCCUUUAGUGUAUCUGCACAACUUACUCAGCAUCUGAGUAUUCACAGUGGUAAGAAACCCUUUGAAUGCAACCAAUGCGGGAAGUCUUUUAAGUUCAUUUCUGUACUUAAAGCCCAUCAGAAUAUUCAUAGUGCUGAGAAACCCUACGAAUGUAAGGAAUGUGGCAAGGCCUUUCGUCAUGCCACAAGCCUCAUAUAUCAUGACCGAACUCAUGCUGGUGAAAAGUCCUAUGAAUGUAAAGAAUGUGGGGAAACUUUUAGUCAUGCUUCACAUCUUAUUAUUCAUGAGAGAAUUCAUACCGGUGAUAAACCCUAUGAAUGUAAAAGAUGUGGGAAGGCAUUUCACUGUGCCUCAUAUCUUGUUAGACAUGAAAGCGUUCAUGCUGAUAGAAAUCCCUAUAUGUGUGAAGAGUGUGGGAAAGCUUUUAAUAGUAGCCAUGAACUUAGUAUACAUCAUAGAGUUCAUACUGGUGAGAAACCCUUUAAAUGUAACAAAUGCAGAAGGUCCUUUAGGCUUAGAUCCAUCCUUGAAGUACAUCAGAGAAUUCAUGUUUGAUAGAGAAAUUGUGGCAUAUACAGGUAGUAAAGAAAGCACAUUGUGUCAAUGGAUUUAUCCCACUGAACAAUUUGAACGAAGACAAUGUGGAAUGGCUUUGAGAUACAGUUCAGUUUUUAUUAGGCAUCAAUUUGUAUUGGUGUGAACUUUUCAAAAUGUAAAUAAUAUAUGCAGUUUCUUUGGUAUGACCUGUGUUAACUCAGAUUCAGAGAAUUUAUAAUGUAUUUUUUUAAUAACAUAAAACUUUUCUGAUAUUCCUCUAGUUUUGGAUUGCCAAAAUAUUCAUAGUAGAGGAAAACAGAGAACGUAGGAAACCAUUCUUUAUACUUGCAUGUAAACAUCUUCCAGCAACAAUCAUUUAUUGUUAAACGUGGGAAAAGCCAUUACACAGGAAAGCUCUGUCAAUAUAAGCGCUGAUGGGAAAGGCUAUUUAGCUACUCUGCAUAUUUAAUGCUCAUGAUCAACAUCCGCUUCCUAUAGCUGGGAUGAUAUUGGGGAAGAUAUUUAUCCCUUCUGGGGAUCAUAUAUAAAUGAUGAUAGUAGUACCUACAGUAUAGUGCUGUUAGAAUUACAUGAGUUAGAUGUGGAGGUCAGAGUGGAAGCAGGUGUGAGAGGAUCCCGCAGAAGAAAACAUGGCUGCCAAAGUGUUUGAGUCCAUCGGCAAGUUUGGCCUGGCCUUAGCUGUUGCAGGAGGCAUGGUGAACUCUGCCUUAAGUAAUGUGGAUGCUGGGCACAGAACUGCCAUCUUUGACCGAUUCCGUGGAGUACAGAACAUUGUGGUAGGGGAAGGGACUCACUUUCUCAUCCUAUGGGUACGAAAACCAAUUGUCUUUGACUGCUGUUCUCAACCACGUAAUGCGCCGGUCAUCACUGGUAGCAAAGAUUUACAGAAUGUCAACAUCACACUGUGCAUCCUCUUCUGGCCCGUCACUAGCCAGCUUCCUCGCAUCUUCACUGGCAUUGGAGAGGACUGUGAUGAGUGUGUGCUGCUGUUCAUCACCACGGAGAUCCUCAAGUCACUGGUGGCUCGCUUUGAUGCUGGAGAACUAAUCACCCAGAGGGAGCUGGUCUCCAGCCAGGUGAGCAACGACCUUAUGGAGUGAGCAGCCACCUUUGGGUUCAUUCUGGAUGAUGUGUCUUUGACACAUCUGACCUUGAAGGAGUUAACAGAAGUGGUGGAAGCCAAACAGGUGGCCUCCCAGGAAGCAGAGAGCGCCAGAUUUGUGGUGGAAAAGGCUGAGCAGCAGAAAAAGGCGGCAUCAUCUCUGCUGAGGGUGACUCCAAGGCAGCUGAGCUGAUUUGCCAACUCGGCCACUGCAGGGGACGGCCAGAGCGAGCUGUGCAAGCUGGAAGCUGCGGAAGACAUUGCAUACCAGCUCUCAUGCUCUCGGAACAUCACCUGCCUGCCGGCGGGGCAGUCCAUGCUCCUCCAGCUGCCCUAGUGAGGGCCCAGCCUACCUGCACCUCCGUGAGGCAACUGGGCCACAGCCCGGAUGAUUCGUAACACCACCUUCCUUCGCCCUCACCCCAGAAAUCACUGAAAUUUCAUGAUUGGCUUAAAGUGAAGGAAGUAAAGGUAAAAUCACUUCAGAUCUCUAAAAAACAAAAAAAGAAUUACAUGAGUUAGUACAUGAAAAAAUUACGGGAAACUACAUGAAAUAUACUGUUACGUUCAAUAAACAUUAGCUUCUGUAUAUAAUAAUAU